CCUGUAUGUAAAGCCUGUUCCCCAGUGUUUGUCGCCACUUUGUUUCCUCGUCAGGGUUCCAGUACUUUGUCUUGUUUGAUUUUCAGACACGGUACAAGCCAGGAAUCCCAGUGACCAUUGAUGAAGAUGAGUGCACUCAAUGAAUAUUGAGCUCAUGGGAGAUCUGCAUCCAGCACAUCCCAAUGACGCUAACAACAACCCCAACAAUGAUGCAUCUCAGACGCAGAAUUCGUGCCCACAUUGAAGAUAGAACCCCCGGCCCUAACACCUGGCGGAACGGGGUGGACAGUGCACGCUCAUGGCUGAGGCUCGGUGGAUGAAAACUGACGUCUGUGUUGGAGGGAAAUGGAAGAAGUUCCCAGCUGGACUCACAAUUUUGCAGGAGCACACAGAUUGCUAAAAUACAGAGGUGGUUCAGUCUCAGGGUGCAAAAAUAAGCCUGCAUUCACCAGCUGGGAAGAUGGACUUUAGCCCGAGUGGGUGUUGUUGGCUGCAAUGAAAGAAGAAAGAAAAGUAUUUUAAGGAUGAUAUUUGUGUUGGGAGAGGGACGGAGAGAUGGCAAGAAGAGAGGAGGGGAUCGGGUUUCUCAGCUGCGCUGUACCCUAAUCCUGGAUUUGGAAGCGGGAUGAGAAGAACGCAGUCCCAAGUAACUAAAGAGGACAACGACUCGAGGUGGUGCAAGGAGACAAGACAAGUCGAGAACAAGAGAAGGCCAAAGAAGACAAGACGAAACCUAAAGUAAGACGACAAGGUAACAGGACAAGACUUGAAAAGACAAAGGACAAGCGAAAGCAGUGAUGGGAGGCAACUAAAGUGAGAGAAGACAAAGCAAGACAAGAAAUCAGUCAAUCAAGCUUCAGCUUACCAUUGGGAUCAGAGCAGAGAAGAAUGGCGUGUCAGGCCUUCAGCACAGACUCUUUCACCACGCUGCCAGGAGAUUCAGCUUUGCCGAUCCUCAUGCACCACGCCUCAACCAGUGACUGCCUGCCAUCCACGUCCCACGCACACAGCAUGGUUUCUGCAGUGUCAUCUGGACUUUCACUGGGUCAGAGCUCCAAGCGCUCACACAUGCAUCUGUCUACCUCCUCUCUCGGCAACGCACUCGGCAACAGCCCUCCGAGCCUUCAUUACCCAGUCACCCCCUGUCACUACAGCAACCAGCAGGCCACCUAUGGCAUGAUGACAGCUCAGGAGAUGCUCUCUGCCAGUAUCUCUCAGACUUGUAUCCUGCAGACAUGUGGAGUCCCUCACCCUAACAUGGUGAGCAGCACAAACCCACUGCAAGGGUCUCUUACUCCUUGCUUGUACAAGUUUCCAGAUCACAGUCUGAGUAGCGGCUCUUGCGCAUUAAGCCACGGUUUCUCUUCGCUGCCCUCGGCUAUCCUCUCGACUGAUGAGGUCCCUGGGGGCCUCACUGUCGGAGAGAUGAAAACUGACGCCCAGAGGAAGAGCAUGCGGGACCAGGAAGAUACCCCUGCCAUGGACUCCCCGCAGAUACGAGAGCUGGAGAUGUUUGCCAAUGACUUCAAGAUACGGAGGAUCAAACUGGGCUACACCCAGACUAAUGUAGGCGAGGCGCUCGCUGCUGUGCACGGCUCAGAGUUCAGCCAGACCACGAUCUGCCGCUUUGAAAAUUUGCAGCUGAGCUUUAAGAACGCUUGCAAACUCAAGGCCAUCCUGGCAAAAUGGCUGAAUGAAGCGGAGCUGGCUGGUGCCUUGUACAACGAUAAAAUAGGGAUGAAUGAGCGAAAGAGAAAACGGAGAACUACUAUCAGGUAUCUAAUCCUGGGAGCUAAGGAGGCUCUGGAGCACAGCUUCGUGGAGAAGAGUAAACCGUCCUCUCAGGAAAUAGCACGGAUCGCCAAAGGCCUCCACCUGGAGAAGGAGGUGGUCCGGGUCUGGUUCUGCAACCGACGCCAGCGAGAGAAACGGGUGAAGACGAGCCUGAACCUCAGCUCCUGUUUGUCCAAGAUCAGCCCAAACUGCAUCUCACAGAUGAGUAAAGCACAGAGGCCGAUGACAUAGUUUGAUGUUCGGAUGGAGAGCGAGUGUUCCACUGACGGUCGGUGUCUGACAAUCCAGCGUGAAGAGGGUGAAGGUUAAUAAACAGCAAACAGAGAGGUCUAAUAAUAAAAACUGCACAGUAAACAGCUGCUGACACUUGAAACGGAUUCGCUGAUUUGACAUUCAGAUGAAAAAUGAUCCCCUGCAACAGUGAGGCUGACAAAAUAAAUAAAAAGCUUCAGCACAACUUUGCUAUAAAUCCACAAAUCAACAUCAGCAGCAAAUGUCUGUUGAGUUUGUAAAGACUUUCUUUAUCGCAGUUACUUUCAUGUCAUUUAAAGUUGUUUUCCUUCUUUAUUACGAGAACAGAAUUUUUUUCCUAGGCGUUGCUUUACCUCCGUAUUACAACGGAGUAGCAGGGUCACUUAGAGGACAAACAACUAUUCAAAUUUCUCGUAAAAAUCGUAAAAUUACAAGAACGUAAUUUUUGGCAAUGUCAUUUAACAAGGGGAAUAUCAGAGGAUCUCUCAAGAAGAGUCUGGUUCAAGUUUGGGAUUUUCUCCUUGCUGCUUAAUUUCUAGAAAAUAUAGUUUUUUCUUCUUUAAAUAUCCAGUUUUUCGAAUUAAAUUACGACUUUUUUUCAUAAUAUUACAACUUUACUCUUGUGAUAAAAUGAAUUUGUAACUUUAUUUUUAAUUGAAUGUCUUUCCUUUAAAUAUUAUGGCUUUUCUCAUUAAAUUAUGACUUCAUUCUUGUAAUAUUAUGACCGUAAUUUCCAGGCUAAUUUCUUUUCUUGACCAUUGCCUCAACACCCUGUCGUAUCUUCCUUCUUUAUUACUAGAAUAGUCAUUCUUCUUACCUCCAUAUUAAGUUGAAGCUGUGAAGAAAAGACAUUUAUUCAAUAAGGUAAUUUGAGCUGCAGCUUCCAGUCGUGACUUUCAAACAAACCUUGACUGUGCCUUGUUUGUAAUAUUUAUACUGAAACUACUGUAUAUCAACCACAGACACCAAAUAAUAAUUAAUUGGCAUCAGGUUGCAGAUCGAUCAAUUACUCUGAUCGAUCAGCCCUGUGCCUUUUCUGAAAAACAGACUUCAGAAAUCCUGUGCUUGAACUUUACAGAAGUAAAAAUGUAUUGAUGAUGAUUUCUAUAUUUGUGCUGUAGUUGUUUGUUUGUAUAUUUGUGAUUACAGCUGACGUCUCUGUCUUUUUUAAUUAUCUGUCAGUGUCUUAUGAUAAAUGUUUGACGAUUUAUUUAAAAUGAAUGUAGCCAUAGUCAAAAAAGUAAUAUAUGUAAACUUUCACAACAACCUAUUUAUUUGAGAUCUAAUAUAUCAUGUUGAUCCACUUACAACCUUUUUGAUUUAUGCUCUGAAGUCAAGACUGUGGUGAAACUUUUUGACAUUUUUUUUUUGUCUCUCCAUUUCCCUGCUGUGAGAUAGAUUCAAUAUUCUGCUCUUUUUGUUCUCACUUCCAUGACGGAGUGUCACACAGAGAGGAGCGGCAGCCUGUCACCACUCCAGCCUGGUUGGGAUGACUAAUGUGAAACUUUUCAGACUCAGGAAGCAUUGAUCGAUGUCUGGAAGAGCUAAAGAAUGAAAAUAUACAUCAUGUAAGAAAUGUCAGGUGGAUAUUAAGGGACUUUAAUUCACCUCUAUUGAAAAUAUAAAUGAGCCCAAAGACGUCCCUGGUUAAAAUUUGCACUUGUAUGAAGUUUGAUUGUCUCUCGGCUCCAAGACACUGAAAGCUAAAUCAGCUUAAUUCCUCUCUGCAAAUCAAUAAACUCAGUUUUAUGAUGAACCACA